AUGGUGCAGGUUUCUCUGUGGAUAUCCGUGUUAUUUUGGCUCCUUAGUAUAGAAACUACAGAAGCUGUUCCGGAUGUCACACUGGUCACUGAGUACCAGUUUGUGCCGUCUGCAUCUACUGGCCAAAACACGUCUCUCAAAUGUGUGGUUGGGGGAGACUUCAGCGGAGUGGAGUUCAAUGCCGAGCGGAACUGGCGCCUCCCAGCGGCGCGUAGCAGUAUAGCAGCCAUCGACGACGCGUCAUGGCCAGGACGUAUGGUGACAUUCUUUCCGGAAGGUGGUAUCGACAGGGUCGGCGUCUUCUCAAGCACAGUGACCUUCCCAGACGGCGAGAAGGUCAAAGUCAUCACCAUCGGAAUGUCAGCUGAUGCCGACAUCUACCCGAAGUACUUUACAGUAACGGCGAACAAGGGAGACUCCGUCACAUUGUAUACACAACCUGCGGGAGAAACGCAACAGACUGAUGUCCGGUGGCGGAGAAACGGCUUCCCGCUGUUCGGUCCGAAUCAGUUCACUCUGGAGCUGACGUCCCUGGACCCACGCUUCCAGCCGGGGGUGUACGAGUGCUCCUACCCUAGCGACUUUAGUGAGAAACGCCACGCUAUUUCUCUGCUCAUCAUCAGAGCGUGUCCUGAGGGUCUGUGGGGAGAGGAGUGUGACCUGCCGUGUCCGGUCUGUCUGAACGGUGGGCAGUGUCAGGUGGACACGGGGGAGUGUGUGUGCGCACCCGGCUUCAUGGGGACAACCUGCCGGACACCGUGUGGAGGGAACAGGUUUGGUCGGGACUGCAGCUUCCGCUGUGACGAGACAGAGCGGGACGACCCAGCGGGCUGCUCGGGACACCUGUUCUGUCUGCCCGAGCCGUACGGCUGUUCCUGCGGCCCGGGAUUCACCGGGCUACUCUGUCAGAGAGAUUGCAGUCCGGGUACAUUUGGCGCGGGAUGCCAGUCCACCUGCCACUGCUCCAGUAUUGGUCCGGGGGCGUGCGACCGUUACACCGGGGAAUGUCGGGACGGCUGUGCCGUCGGCUGGACCGGACCCAACUGUCAGGAAGAGUUGACAUCAUUCCGUGAAGUCUGCAUCCCAAAUCCGUGUCGGAAUGGAGGUACAUGUUCCCCCAACCCUGCAUCCGGCGGCUUCACCUGUGACUGUGAGCCAGGCUAUACAGGACAACAGUGUCAGCAAGAACUUGACGAAUGCGAGUCGACUCCAUGUCAGAACGGUGGGGUGUGUUAUGACGAGGUGGGGUCCUAUGUGUGCGUGUGUCCCGAGCAGUACACUGGAGUCAACUGUGAGGAAGACAGGGACUUUUGUGACUCCGAUCCUUGCAGGAAUGGCGGGACGUGUGUUACCACUCCUCAGUCGUUCAUGUGCCUCUGUACGGAGGGAUACAUGGGUCUUACCUGUUCUAUAGAAAUAGACGAGUGUGCCUCGGACCCGUGUCUGAAUGGUGGAAACUGCACAGACGGUCUGGCCUCCUACAGCUGUGCGUGUCUGCCGGGGUUCAACGGGACUGACUGUGAAAUAAACAUAGACGAGUGCCACCAGGACGCAUGCGCAAACGGAGGGAUCUGUGAGGACGGCAUCAACGGUUUUACCUGCUUCUGUUUCCCAGGAUUCACCGGGCCAACGUGUACAGAAAACCCGGACGACUGCGCGUCUUCUCCCUGUCUAAACAACGGCACGUGUUCAGACGGAGUUCACAUGUUCUUCUGCAACUGUACAGACGGGUACGGAGGGGAGAGAUGUGAGGAAGAAAUAGAUGAGUGUGCCUCGGACCCGUGUCUGAAUGGUGGAAACUGUACAGACGGUCUGGCCUCCUACAGCUGCGCAUGUCUGCCAGGGUUCAACGGGACAGACUGUGAAAUAAAAAACAUUGAUGAGUGCGAGUCUACCCCAUGUCUGAACGAUGGCACGUGUACCGACGGAGUAAACAGAUACUUCUGUGACUGUACAGACGGGUACGAGGGAGAGAGAUGCGAGGAAGAGACAGAUGAAUGCCUGUCCCAACCCUGCCAUAACGGCGGGACCUGUCGUGACGCGGUGGCGAGUUUCACCUGUUCCUGUCCACACGGCUUCAGCGGUGACCUCUGCCAGGUCAUUGAACCCAGUGUAGAUGACCUUGACGUUCUAAGCAUCGACGUUGACCUUGAUGAUGACGUCCCGGUUCUAACACCACCGAAAGAAAGCAGAAGUGAAAUUAAAACAUUUCUGACCACCACAGUCACUGGUCAAAAUACUGUCGUUACUGACAACGUUUCCUUGAACAAUGUCGCCAAUUCAAACGAUGGUGACAACGAUUUCACGAUGUCCAACAGUACCGACUCAAAAGUCAACAGAACUUUGGAAAUUACAGAAACAGCACAACCUGUACAUGAAGAGCCUACACAGUACUAUUAUGAGCCUGUUGUCGGUAACUUGACUAUGUGGAACGCCAGCUAUCUCCAGGACUGGGAGUUACUCCUUCUCAGGGACUGUAACGGAACCAUCCUCAAGUUAGAGGCAGGACCCAACAGUUCGCUGAUUUUAAAUAACAAUGUGCAUUUCAUCUUCAACCUUGCCCCUUGCGGAGAACUUUCCCUUUCCCCAAGGUCACAAGUGAAAGUUCUCCGAAUGCCCCGCCCACUUCCCCACCACCUCCCGGCAUGCAGUGCGCUGACACGUCGCCAUGUUGACAUGCAGCUGACGGCUACCUGUGCAAGUACGGUAGUUGUUGGUCCGUUUGAGAGAUUCGCUUGGAUGAGAGACGACGUCAGCAUGAUUUGCGCCCGCCGUGGCCAGGGGAAGUGGCAGACUCUGAUUUUCGUGCUGGUGCUGGUCGGGUUCGGGUACGGUGCGUACGAGUACAACCAACUACAGAUCAGACAUCAACACGCCGAGCACAGGUCACAGAAAUAUCAGUCACAACAGGAGUCUCUGUCAGCACAGCUACAAGUUGUUUAUGAGCAUCGGUCAAGACUAGAGAAGUCUCUACAGAAAGAAAGGAACGAGCACAAGAAAACAAGAGAAGAUUAUGAGCAGAAGCAGAUUGAGUCAGAACAAGUUCUUGCCAAGGAAAAGCAAGAAGCAGAAAACAGAUAUGAUUCUCUGAACCAGCAGUAUAAGAUGUUAAGGAAUCAGCAUGAGGACUUGGAGAGAGAAUAUUCUUCACUACAAGACCAGCAUGUCCGCCUUGGAGAUGAACAGAAAAAAAUUGUGGACCAACAUCUGGACAACUACCAGAAGUUAAAAGAUCAAAAGGACACGGAUCUACAAAGACUCAGAGAUGUUAUUCAGAGCUUGAAGGAAAGAAACACACAGCUUACGAGAGACCAGGAGGAACUUGUUAAACAGAUUACAAUAUCUCAGGAUGGACAAAGGCGCUUGGAGGGGGAGAAACAGGAGCUGCUACAGCUGAUCAGUGAACAGCGGACAGCCGUGGCAGCCGCACAGUCCCAACUGGAACAGCAACAGGCUGAGCUGGAACAGCAGCAGGCUGAGCUGGACAAUCACGCUGUGGUGCAGAAACAGAUGAAGGAGAAACACAGGACAGCUCAGGCAGAGCUGGAGCAGAAGCUGACAGGGAUGGGACAGCUCAUUGAGCAGAAACAGUUGGCUGGUGGACAGCAAAACCUUCUUCAGCAACAGCCCAUCCUGCAAAAUCAGCAGCUGAUGAAUAGGAAACAGCAUGUUGCACAGGUGGCUCAAAAACAACCAGAUUUGAAUUCAAAGCGGUAUGUGCCAGGUGCAGCUGGAGCAUGGCAGCGGCAGCAGUGGCAGCCACAGGUGCAGGCGUUGCCAAGGCAACAGCUGCAGGUGCCGCAGAAGCAUGUAGCAGCUCCGUACAUGAGAAGGCAGCCGGUACGGAGGCAGCAGCUACUGCAGAAGGAGACUGUGGACCUGCCAGGUGCGCAGCAGCCGUUGUUUGUGCAGGUGCCAGGUGCAGGUGGUGAUGACACUGAUCUGGGAGUGGGAGGGGGGCUCCACCCUGGUCUGGACGAGACACACAAACAACUGCUGGAGGCUCAGAAAAGACGACAGGAGCUACAGAACCAGUUUAGGGACGGCUUGGGAUUGCCAGAUGAAAAUGCCAUCCAGAAAGACAAACUAGGAGACAAGAAAGACAAAGAUGACAAUCAAAUUAUACACCAAGAUGCAUGGCAGGUUGGAAAGGUGGGAAAUGGAGAUGGAAAAGACCUUGAUGACCAGGACAGCAUACAGAAUAUGCGAGGACGAUCAAACUUCAUUGGUCAGCAGCUCGCAGGUGACAAGCAGGAUGGAGCAGACCAACUGCUGGGAGGGGGGGACAGGUUACACCCACUUGGGGAUGACCCAGACAAACAGCUGAAUCUGCAGCUGCAUCAGGUGGCCGGAGGGAACCAGGUGCAGCCAGAUGACAACCUGCCUCACCCGCUGGAUGCUGGGGAUGAAGAUGACACUCAGCACAAAGAUGAGGAUGCCCGAGUGUUAGAUCAGGAUGACCUUGAGGCGCGGGGUCUGCAGCCGCUGGGUCAGGCCGGGGAGGAGGGUCAGGGUGGACAGGAUGCCCAGCCUGGACAUCAGGGGCCGUUUGCCCUGGGACAGGACAUGGACCAGGAAGAACCAGAACAACAGGGGGCCGCACCCAUCGGGAUAGACCAACCACUGGUGAAACAUGAGGUGGAAGUUCUGGUGCCUGGUGGUCAGGAAAGUGACCAACAGAUGAUGCAGGUGGAGAGGCCUGACCAGAACUUACCACAGGUGGCAGUUGACCAUGAGGUGCAGGUGGACCACCCGUUGGCAGGUGGCGGGCAGGUGGCAGAUAACAACAUCCAGCCUGUGGUCCAGCUCCCCGACCUCAUGCCAGUACACAACAGAGAUGCCGAUAACAUGGCGGACCCGGUAAAUGACGAGAACCACGGCAUGCAAGACGUGGACAAGGACUUUGAUGAUGGUAACGAGGAUCAGGCUAACGAAGAUCAGGCUAACGAAGAUCAGGCUAACGAUCAGGAGGAGGGGGGGGUGUGGGUGACGGACAUGGUGACGAGGAUGAUGAUGAUGAUGAUGAUGAUAGAGAGCCUGGUGAUGGGAUAGGCCAGGUCAAGGCUGGCGGUGACAUCAGGCAAAGAGAAAACCAAGUUGAGUUUCAAAACGACCAGGGAUUUGGGAGGAGACAACCACUUUCACAACAUCUUAACAGACAUAUGAGAUGAUGGCAUUCCACCCAGUAGCCACUUCUUCUCCAAUCACCCCUGUAUCAAAAGUCUUUUAGUCCAAAUCAGUCCAUAUUUGGUAUAAUUGGGUAGUAACCAUUCUCUGCAUAGGGGUUGCAUUUUAUAGAGUUAUUAAGCAUUCUAAGCAUUAGAGAUGCGUUAAAUGCUGAGAGCAUUAUUGGGCAUGGACAGUGCAACAUCAUGCUUGAAAAAACGUAUAAAACAUUCAACCAAAAAGAAUGCAGUAGCAAAGCAACAUACAUGUAUAUUAAUUAAGCU